AUGGAGUGGACUAAGGGGGACAACUCAGACGAGCGAUAUGCGUCGUCGAUACCAAAGGCAGGAAUUCCACCUCCAUCGUACGCCCGAGAUGCGCGGGACCACUACCGCCCGUUCGAGCCAUCCUCUGCACCACUAAUGUCACCACCACGAGACGAAACCUACACAUCAUCGACAGGAUAUUCCACUGCUCUUGCCUCAAAGUACGCUCCGACAGGUCGCGCGCGUUUGGCGCCGCGGGGAAUUCAAAUGGAGUCCCACGAAGUUAAGGUGCCUCGGCAUUCAGAGCCACCACCACUGUCGACAAUCAAGGCUAUUACCUCGGACGCAGCCUUGUUUGCGCCAACGCGUCAUGGGGUGAAGCACACAAUAUCUCCUGAGAAGCUAGGGCAGCAUGAAGUGCGCCCUGAGUACAAGAUGGCCCAUCGCACCAGCCCUCGUCCAUCGUCGUGUUCGGACGAACUUGAUGCUGCCAGCAAAGCUUACAAGGGCGCGCCAUCCUUCAUGGAGGAGCCUCGAUCGACAUACAGAUCGCCCACAGAGCUCUCUACUGCGUACAAGCUGGACAAGUCGCCGGUCACAUCAUACAUGCCGGUCGUGAAGAAUGCCACGGGUAACGCCGGCUCUCGCUCGCACAUGGCAAUCGAAGUUCCUCCAUCCGCCGCACCGCCGUCUGCUCGAAGUGACAGCAACACCACUGGCAAUACUCAAGAUCUUCGACGGCUCGUCGACGAAGCGUUUGCCGCCAUCGACGACACCAAAGCCCAACAUGCAGUCUUAUUCGACUUCUCGACGACGCCGCUGCGAUUCGACGUCCAAGUAGCCGAUCGCGCAAUUGAAAGCAUGGAGCACAUGGUGCGCGCGCUGACGGCGGCACGGGACCGGCUGCACCAACUCAGCCACACCGACAUCCCUGCCAGGCAAGUGUUCGAGGAUAUUUCUGGCAGCCACAGUCCGAAAGCCACAAGAAGAUUCAGUCGCAACGACACAGCUUCGCUUCGCCGUUCCGAGCCCGCUCCCUUCAUCGAAGACUCAAACCAUCGUCGACACAACGCCGACGGCAACGCCAUGGAUGUAGCGUAUACGCAGUCGCCGACCCGCUCGGGCACAAGCUAUCAGGAUGUGGCCAUCCACGACAACUCGAACGAAUUCUCGUUUGACCAACACACUCGCUCGCCUUCGUUUGGCAUGACUUCUCGGACGGUCCCAGACGCGACUUAUAGGAAACAACGGGACGACGAGAUACCAUCCAUGUCGUUUGGAUUUGAAGAAAUGAGUGGCUGCCAACGAGGCCGCGUCGUGUCCAUCGAAUCCGUUGACUCGAAUGGCCCAGGGUCGUCCCUUCCUACCAAAGUGACACCCCCGCCGUCGGCCGGGCGCAGCAUGUUUGCCGAAUUUGACCGCAAGAUGCAGGAGAUUCGAGACUCUCUCAAUGCUAUUGCAUCCCGAGAAGCGCUCCCGAUGCCGUCGCUGACCCUGACGUCGCAUCCCGAGCCUGCAAAACCGAUGAAGUCCGAAUCAUUUGAAGAAUACUUGAAAGCGUUCAAGUCCGACUUUGCCAAAUUCAAUACGCCUCGUGCUUCGCGAGACACCGACAACCCUGCUAUCAGCCCCGACAAGCUGUCGAUUGCUUGCGCAGCCAAGGUCUCCAAGCACGACGUGGACAGCGGGCCUCGACCACCGUACUCGAUGCCGUAGAACGUAGCGCAUCCUGUAGAAGCUAUACUGCCGUCGUUUGAGCAA